GUCACCUUAAAACACAGAAACUGACUUCAGCAACUUCUCAUAUACCCUAUGGUCAUCUUCAUGUUUUAAAGUAAUCAGAGAAGUCUGAAUCUUCAACUCUAAGUGCUCUAAACCAGACAACAACAUGGCAGGAGCUUCAGUUCUUCCUCCGGCAGAGGUGUUACUGUUGAAGCGCGUACAAGAAAUGGCGCUCAACGGUGAGCAACCGCCGGCACCAUAUGUUUCCAGAUAUGAUUACGAUGCCACUGAAGACGAUUCUUCAACCGUAUCUGCGAUACCCAUAAUUGAUUUGGGAAUCCUCUCAAGUUCAGAAGCAUCCACCGAAGAAUAUGAAGAGGAAUUGAUGAAACUUAAAUCAGCACUUCAAUCAUGGGGCUGCUUUCAGGCAAUAGGCCAUGGGAUUUCAAGUUCAUUCUUGGACAAGAUAAUUCAAGUUGCUAGGGAGUUCUUUGAACAGCCAAUGGAAGAGAAGAAGAAAUACUCAAAAACUGUCGUGGAGUUUGAAGGGUAUGGGGCAGACCCUGUCCCAGAAGAAGGUCAAUCUCUUGACUGGUCCGAUCGUUUGUUUCUUAGUGUGGACCCUAAAGAUCUUCAAAAGUUCGAAUUCUGGCCAGAAAGUCCGGCUUGCUUCAGAGAAGUCUUGAAAGAAUACACAGAGAAGACGAAGAUGUUAACGGAGCUCACUUCCAAAGCAAUGGCAAAGUCACUGAAUCUGGACGAAAACUGUUUCCUGAAUCAGUUUGGUGAACGGUCAAUUCUGCAAGCAAGGUUUAACUACUACUCGAAAUGCCAGAGACCUGAUCUCAUUCUGGGCUUAAAACCCCAUGCCGAUGGAUCCGGGUACACUUCUAUUUUGCAAGAUGAAGUUGGUCUUCAAGUAUUCAAAGAGGAUAAGUGGCAUACAGUCCCCACAGUUCCUCACGCCAUCCUCAUUCUCAUGGGUGACCAAAUGGAGAUAAUUACAAACGGAGUGUUCAAGAGUCCCGUGCAUAGGGUGCUGAGUAACUCAGAGAGAGACAGAAUCUCCAUAGCUAUGUUCUAUACACCUGAAAAGGGAAAAGAGAUUGGACCGGAGGAAGGCUUGGUUGACGGUGAAAGACCAAGGUUGUUCAAGAAAGUGAAGGAUUAUGCAGACAUCCACUAUGGAUAUUACCAGAGAGGAAUGAGAGCACUCCAUACAGCAGAAGCUUAAAUCUAUAUAUGUUAUCAUGAUGUGUUUUUGCUUUGUACAAAAGAACUAAAGAAACCUGUCUUAAGUACUUCCUGGUCCUGUUUUUAGGGAGACCUUUUGCUCCCUCUUUUUCUCCCCCCAUUCCCUCCUGUGUAUGGUUAUGGAAAAGUACUGAAACUUGUGUCGGUGUGUUGAGAUGUGAUACUACCAGUUUCUAAUGGAGUGAAGAUCUUUUAAGCUCAAUUUGAAUGACAAAGAUCUUGAGAGAAAUAAGAAUUUCAUUCUG